UAACAACGGACAAAAGAAACCAAAACUCAUCUUCAAUCCACCAGUUUUAGGACUGGAUAGCCAGCUUUCAUCUUUAGUAAAGACAAACCUACCUUGUUUGGAAAUCCUAAUGUAUUCCCCAUUGUUCUUGGUGAUCUUGGUGUUGGUUAUAAAGUUGCUGGGGGUGGAGAGUGUGUAUUGUUGUUGUGGAAAUGACAAUGGAUAGUACUAAGAGAGGAUGGCUUCGGCCUCGCUACAAUUCACCUCUGGUGCAAGUGGGCCUGAUAGGGCUGGUGUGCUUCUGCUGCCCAGGAAUGUUCAGUGCCCUCUCAGGCCUGGGAGGUGGUGGGCAAGUUGAUCAUACCGUAGCUAACAAUGCAAACACAGCCCUGUAUACAGCAUUUGCAAUCUUUGGCAUAUUGGGUGGUGGAAUAUACAACAUUUUGGGCCCCCAUAUGACUCUCUUCACAGGAUGUACUACUUAUGUCCUGUAUGCAGCCUCGUUCCUGUACUACAAUCAUAAGCACAACAGUACCUUUGUAAUAAUUGCAGGAGCCCUACUGGGGGUGGGAGCAGGGCUGCUGUGGGCUGGGCAGGGUGCCAUAAUGACCUCCUACCCUACAGAAGAGAGAAAGGGGGGGUAUAUCUCCUUGUUUUGGAGUAUUUUCAGCUUUGGUGGGGUGGUAGGAGGUUUCAUUCCCUUCAUUCUAAACUACUCAAGCAAUGAUGCAUCUGUGAAUGAUGGAACAUACAUAGCAUUCAUGAGCUUCAUGGCCCUUGGAACAAUUCUUGCAUUGGGUCUACUGCAUCCUGAUAGGGUCAUCAGGGAUGAUGGCAGCAAGGUCACCCUUGUAAAGUAUUCUGAUGUGUGGAUUGAGGCCUGGGAGAUUAUGAAACUGUUCAAGAACAGGAAUAUGCUGCUGUUGACCCCUGCUUGUUGGGCUAGCAAUUUUUUUAUAACUUAUCAGUUCAACAAUGUGAAUGGGCUGAUAUUCAAUGUGAGGACCAGGGGCUUGAACAAUGCUUUUUAUUGGGUGGCUCAGAUUUUGGGAUCUAUAGGGAUUGGGUAUGUGUUGGACUUCAGCUUUAAGAGCAGAAGGAAAAGGGGAUUUAUUGGGUUGGGCAUUGUGGCAUUGUUAGGUACAGCAAUUUGGGGUGGAGGCCUUGCGAACCAGCUGAAAUAUGAUUCAAACAAGUCUGCACUGAAUGAUUUGGACUUCAAGAAUUCUGGUUCUGCCUAUGCAGGGCCAUUUGUACUGUAUUUCUGUUAUGGGUUACUUGAUGCCAUGUUUCAGACCCUCUGUUAUUGGACAAUUGGAGCUCUGGCUGAUGAUUCACAGACUCUGAGUAGAUACAGUGGGUUCUAUAAAGGAGUACAGAGUGCAGGAGCAGCUGUAGCAUGGCAGAUUGAUUCACAGAAGACUUCAUUACUGGCACAGAUCCUCAUCAACUGGGGGCUUACUAGUCUCAGUUAUCCAUUGGUUUUCUUGGUUAUUCUUUUGUCUGUGACCGAUGGUACGCCCAAGCCAGAAAUCAAGGAAAACGAGUUGGAGCAACCUGCCAGCAACAAUUUUACAAUCGAAUCUCUUGAAAAUAACUCUGCCAUAGGCCAAUAAAUCUUAUGUUCUUUACAAUAAGUAUUCUUGGCCAAGGAGAAUCUGGUAGCAGCUGAAUCCACCAUUGUUGCUGAAUGUUUUUUGGGCACCAAGAUGAUCCGUAUGUUUUAGAUAGAAUUGAAUCUACAUAAAAUAAUGAUGGGAAUUAUUUUCUGUUAA